GAGCUGAAUGGGCAGAAAGGCCUUGUGCCCUCCAACUUCUUGGAAGAAGUGCCUGACGAUGUGGAGGUCCACCUUUCUGAUGCUCCAUCCCACUACUCCCAGGACCCACCCAUGCGCUCCAAGGCCAAAAGGCUAUCGAGCAGAGUUGUGAUCAGGACGAGAGUGGGAACUGAACGUCAAUGGACCUGCGGAUACGAAGGACCCAGCACUCGGUGCUGUCACGGAAAUUUGUGGACGUCAUGACAGAAUACAACGAAGCGCAAAUCCUGUUUCGGGAGCGAAGCAAAGGCCGCGUCCAGCGCCAGCUAGAGAUCACUGGGAGGACCACCACAGACAAUGAGCUGGAGGAGAUGCUGGAGAGCGGGAAGCCGUCCAUCUUCAUCUCGGAUAUUAUAUCGGAUUCACAAAUUACUAGGCAAGCUCUCAACGAGAUCGAGUCACGUCACAAAGACAUCAUGAAGCUGGAGAGCAGCAUCCGAGAGCUACACGAGAUGUUCAUGAAUAUGGCCAUGUUUGUGGAGACCCAGGGUGAAAUGGUCAACAACAUCGAGAGAAAUGUGAUGAAUGCUGCCGACUACGUCGAACACGCCAAGGAAGAAACCAAGAAAGCCAUCAAAUAUCAGAGCAAAGCCAGGCGGUGCAAAGCCAAAAUGAAGACGCCAAGACAGAAGCGAGGGAAGAAGGACUUAUCACCUGCAGCAGGAAGGAGAAGCGAGGCAUCGUCUCUACAGCCGGGCUCUCUCAAACCAAAGAACAGGAGCGGGGGCUAAAGUUCCAUCUGGAGAGGCUCUCUGCUUCCUGACUGUGAAUGCCAUGUGAGAGGCCGCCUUCAGCUCCCACGGCCACAGCAGACUCUACCCUCCAACCCCCUCAAGUCACUGUUGUCUCAGCAACAGGAAAAAACCAACACACCACAUUACUGUGUUGAACAUGGGGUUCCCGAUGUUUCUAUGAAGAUUUGGUGGCUGAGGACGCCUUGUGUUAUCGAUCUCCCAGGUAUAAAGAAAUGCCAACAUUAGCACCUCAGCUCCCAUCCUAAAGGGAAUAAGAGAUGGUUUAUUCUGGAGUCAUUUAGAGUAAGCACGCCCCAGGAACACAAAUUUAGGUUACCCCAAAAUUCCAUGUUCCAAUGUGGAAGCCUUUCACAGGAUUUGCGCAGUUUUACACAACAAAGACAGUCGUAAGUCGAGGCAACUUUACCAUACAUUUGUGGGCACACCAGAGCGGCAGGUACAUCGAGAAGUGGGGAGCGCUAUUCUACAGGCGAACAGGUGAUCUGAUGACAUUCUUAGAGCUCUCCGUUUUGAGAAGCUAAUGUUCCGCUAAGUUAAUAGCUUCAAGGAGGUGUUUAUUAUCAUGAGUUACUAGUUUUGAUAGAGUGACAGUUGGGUGGUGGCGGCAGACACCUUUAAUCCGAGCAUCCAGGAAGCAGAGGAAGGUGGAUCUACAGAGUUCCAGUCCAGCCUGGUCUACAGAGUGAAUUCCAUGACAGCCCAAACUAGACAACCAAACCCUGUGUGUGU